AUGUCCUCUCAACCCCUGGCGUACCCCUCGAGCGGCGAGUUCAACGUGCUCGUGCAGCGCUUCAAGUUACUGAACCUCGUUCAACGGGUUGCUCACCGUGAUGUGAGCGAGAUGCUGGACACAGUUGGACUGGAGGGACUUUCGCGCAAAGGCGUGCUAACGCGGUGGGCGUGGAGUGAACCGGAGGUCGACGACGGCGAUGCCAGCAUUGACCCAAAGGUGCUCGGCCAAGGAGGCGCACCGAGGCACCGAUUUGAGGAGAGCAGACCCCGCACGUCACCCUCUACCCGCCGCAUCUCUUUGCCCGUCAUUGAACGUCCGAUCUCCCCGCCUCGUAUGCAGUUUGGUCGGCCUACCUCCGGCUUUGAUGCCCGCAUCGCAGCAGCGCGGUGGAACAGCGGCAUCGAGGAGGACACCAACGCGGCCGACUCGAUCCGUCGUCCGCACACAUCUACCCGGCAAAACGCCGCGGGAGAAGCCGACGCAGCGGCACGUCUGACGACGAAGCGACGCCGGUACGUUGUUCGGCGCACCCAUCGCUUUCUGCACCGCAGCCCGUCUGAGCGCGAGACGUUUUUUUCUCGACUCGCGGAGCCACGCCAGAGACCCGGCGCGCUUGUGGAGGAGGUUCUGCUCUGCGACGAGGCGGCGCCACCGGCGCACGGCCGUCGCGGUGAUGACGAUGACCGGUCCUGGCACGACGCUGCUCAUCGCAACGCAUCUGAAUUCGCAGAGCACGGUCGACGGGGCAGGUACGGCGAAUAUGCCUACGGAGGGCGUCUUGGUGGGGCUUUCAUGUCUGCUGAUCCUGCAGCAAUGCAGCGACGCCCCUCACUCGACGCCUAUACCUACCACCACAAAGACUUGCGUGCGCACUACUACGCACCGAUGCAACCCUCCGCCUCCCCUCCGCACUGUGCGGCAGCCGGCUCAAGCGAUGCGCGCCGUGGGGAGAAGCCCGUCGGUGAGCUUGGCGACUACGAGGCUACCCUUCCCAGCCCUACUGAUCGGCUGCAUUCACGGCGCAAUGUGUCGACCGACGGCGACCCACACGAAGUCGCCUUUACUCCACCGCCGCUGCGCUUUCAGUCGGCUGGCGCCUCGUCAUCUUCGUUGGAGGGCCCAGCGCGGAUACUCAAUAUGAACUUAGCAUCACUCGACCAGGGAGAUGCCACCGCUGCCACGCCCACCGAAGGCCAAAGGCACGGGGAUCCGUCCACCGCGGAGGCAUUUGUGCGCAAAUCGCCGUCAGCGCCUGCAACGUUCAUCGCAAAAGAUGGCGUCGUUACGUCGCCUUUCACCGACGGCGACACCAAAUCCUUCGCCAACACGGCCCCUACAGUGAUGCUGCCCAGGAGCGGAGGCAGCGGUGCGGCCGAAGGUAACGCGCCUGCUGUACCCCAGCUGCGUCUCCCUCGAUCCCGCUCCGGUGGCGGCGACGGCUUUGUGCCGGUGGACUCCGGGCAGGGAAGCGGCAGCACGAGUGGGCGGAUGGCCUGCACGGACAGUGAAAGUCAGCGAGCUGCAGCAGGCAACAGCGGCAGCGCGUCAACCUCUCAGGUCAUCCAAUCGCCACGCGCCGUCCGCGGCCUGGCACCAAAGGCAAAACCAAAGGGUGCUGUGGAUGUUGCGCGCGUGCCGCUCGAGGCGGUGCGACAUGCGUCAGCGCUUCUGUCGCGCUCUGGCUCCUUCCAUCCAAGCCCCACCACCGGCAGCCGGGGCGGUAGCGGCCACAACAGCUACGCGGCAGGGAUGGCGUCGCUGCAGCAGCUAAACCCCUCUCGCGCACGUACUCCACUGGCUACGUCCGGCUUAGGUGGCGGCAUUCCUCGAUCGCCGAGGCCGCACACCGUCACGGUACAGGUUGAGGCGGCCGGCGGUGUAGGUGAUGAUGGUGACUAUAAUAUGCCGAAGAGCGAAACACCAUUAACAAUGUUUCGCACAGCUGCGUCUCCGCUGGGCCCGAUGCCGCUCUGCGGCGACGUUGGUUUCAUGGCUUUACCAACGGAUUACCAGGUCAGUGCCACCACUAAAAAAUCGUUCGAGGAGCUCUCCUCCGCCAUCGAUCACAUGCUUCUCGACCACCAGCAGUUGCUGCGUCAAGUGUACAAGGACACCCAGGUCACGAGCCGCGGAUCGGCAGGGCAACCAGGGAGUUUUCCAGCGGCGUCUCGGUCUUCACAGAAGCCCGGUAGGGUUCCCGCCAGCGGUGAGGCGAGCUCGCACGGCUCCUCGUUCGAGGUGGACUCUCAGAGCCUCGCAGAUGAAAUCGCGAAAGAAGCGCGCUACACCGACGGCGUGGACACGACAAUCGGGGCGGACCUCGUCAGCGACAGCGCUACAGGCGACGUAGAUGUGCCGCUGUAUGCGAUCAGCGCCGAAGUGGAGGAUGAGAUGCUUCUCUACACGCAGCUGCAGCACCAGCUGACGCAGCUGGACGCGGACAUGGUCCGGCUUGGACUUGAGAACGCUAACGACGCGGCUGCAGAGGGCAGUGACGGCGCAACCGGUGACCGCGUAGGCGGGGCGUCGCCACUUGGACGCAGCGCACCUAUGCUACAGCCCUCGACUUCGACGACAGCCACGGCGCGACAGCCAGCGCGCCAUCAGCGCGCCCGCGGCGAGGUGCCGGAGGCGAUCGUGCAGAGGCUGUGUGCGUAUCGCAUGAACAACUUUCAGUGCAUCGCCUACAAUGAGCGCUUGUGGAACACCAGCUCCAUAUCACAGUUCGUGUUUGCUCAGCGGCUGACCGCGGGCUUGACAGAGGAGUGCUGGGGCGAGGUGAUGGCAGAGGUCGGCUCGAUCAUGGACGAGUACGUCGACGGUCUGGCGGACCACGAGUUGCAGUAG